AUGCAGAUGUUCGCCUCCCUCGUCCCCCUCGUGCUCCUCAGCGUCAGCCUCUUCGGAGGCGCCGAGGCGGCCUGGCCCGCUGCCAAGGGCACCGUCAAGGUCACCAAGACCCAGCCCGUCCCGCGCGGCUCGCCCUUUGACGGCAAGUUGCAGCGCUUCGUUAGCAGCGGCCUCGGCGACGGUGGCCAGGGCGAGAACCAGAAGCCCCUCUUCGAGCUCGCUCCGGGCGCCUCGCUCUCCAACGUCAUCAUCGGCGCACCCGCCGCCGACGGCAUCCACUGCCUGGGCAGCUGCACGCUCACCAACGUCUGGUUCGAGGACGUCGGCGAGGACGCCGUGACCUUCAAGGGCAGCGGCGACAUGGUCGUCAACACCGGCGGCGCCCGCUCCGCCUCGGACAAGGUCUUCCAGUUCAACGGCGGCGGAACGGCCACCAUCCGCAACUUUGAGGUCUCCGACUUUGGAAAGAUGGGCCGCUCGUGCGGCAACUGCAAGACGCAGUACAAGCGCAACUGGGUCCUCGAGAACAUCACGGCCAUCAACGGCAAAAAGGGCCUGAUUGGCAUCAACACCAACCUCGGCGACACGGCCACCUUCCGCAACAUCAAGAUCAGCGGAAAGAGGAUCGACGUCUGCGACAUGUACAAGGCCGUCCCCAAGGGAUCCGAGCCCGCCGACCCCGUCGCCGGCAUCAACAACGCCUACUGCAAGUUCACCAGCAAGGACGUCACCUACGUCUGA